UGGCGUAAGCGUUCAGUAGACGCAGUGCAACAAAACCGUAUGCUUGAUAGUAUUUUGAGUUUCCAUACGGUUCUGAUCUGGCAUAUUGAGCUACAUAGUUCAGAAUUUAAAGUAGGCUGAUAUAAAGGCUACUUGAACAAUAACUUCAUGGCUCUUCUAUUUAAGUAAUUAAUUCUAACAGAGCUAUAUUAGUGCUAUUCACACUCUGAUGAUGACCACUCAUAUUGGAACACACAGGGUGUCUUCCAUACUAAUUACCUUUGUGUGAAAUAGCAGGUAUUGUCAGUUUCAUCUUGAAUAAUUGAACGACACAGGUUCCAGGAAUAAGGAAGGCAGAACAGCACCUGACUCCGUUCCCGACUGACUCAUCAUGACCUCUGACUGCUGGUUUGAGAACGUAUAGUUUAACAACUGGCCAGGCUGCAGAACGAGAUUGCUCCAGAUCAAGACUGUCCGUGUUUCUUCACUGAUAAAAGACUAAACGAACAGGCGCGAAAUGAUUUGAAAACAAACUGGCAACUGUCUUACCUUCGACGUCUGCUCGAGAUUAGAGAAUCCCGACGAAUACUUCAUCCUAUUAAAGAGCAAGACUUCCUCACAGAUAUGAAUAUUUUUAUGGUAUCAGUAAAGUGAUUUAUGAUUCAUGGUUAUUUGAAGAACACUACGACAAUGUGAGCCAUUUCCUGUAAAAUACAGAGCAUUUGGAGGACUCUGAAAGCAAGAACAAUUAAAUCUUCUGUGCUACUGUCGUACUUAGUGGAAUGUUAACCACGUAGAAGCCAAGGAACUUCUACUUAUAUGAGACAUGUUUAUUAUUAUAGCGAAUCAUUAAACAAACGAAUGUUUUUUGGUUUUUCUGUUUCUUUAAGCUUGAACAACAAAGAAUGUUACUGAUAUGAUCAAACAACGAACAUUUGUCGAAAUGCCCAGACUAAGAAGAUCAGUUGUAUGGAUAGUAACCAUUCUUGCAGUGCAUGGAAUAGAUAAUGUUUGUAGUUAUGAUAAUUCCAACGACUCUCAGCCACUAAUUAAUUAUUCGAUAUACCAAGACGGCCGACAUUAUGGUGAUGCAGAAACCUAUAAAGAAAUAAGUGAAGACAGUAGUAACGAUGAAAGUGUUAGAAAUAAUCAGAUUAUUUCUACUGCAUUGUCGCUUUCACUAUUACCAACCUUUUUGGAAAAGUGGAACGAUUUUGGACACCCUGAUUCAACAAUUACCAUGGAUAACCAUAUUAUUUACCCUAAUGCUUCUAGAGAUGUCCAUCCACCUGAAGUCAAAUUAAAAAAUCCCAAACCCAACCCACAAUUGCCUAAAAAGAUCCAGUCUGCUUUAAUACUUUCUUCAAAUGAGCAAUCAAUAAGCGAAGAAACGUAUGCAAUAAUUAUGAAAAAUGAUACAAGUACAGUUAUUACUACUGAAGAACCAGCAUCUAACAGUGAUCACGUGGAACCAUAUCCUACGAACACUUCCAUAUUGUCGAACAUCAUAAAGGGUAAAGAAACUGAUAUGAAAAAUAUUAGACACUAUUAUGCUACUAAUUCUAAACAUAAUUCUUCACACCAUAACGAACCUCAUAUCAUAAAAGUUGAUGAAGUUUCUUCUUCUCCCUUCAUUCAUAAAAAUUCCGUUCCAUUUCGUACUGAAACGUCUAGUGGAAUAAUAAGGAAUCACACAUUUUCAAUUGUAGACAAAAUUUCUUCCACUGAUAAAACAGAACGCAGUUCCAGCAUUAAAAUACUACCACUUAGAGGUCUCUUGGCUUCAAAUAUUAGUGAUUAUGUAAGGAAUGCUGCUAUUAACCCUAACAUUUCUGUGUUACUUGCACCAAGAAACAGGUAUACGAGUUAUAUGGGAUCAGGUGUUUUGUCCAAACCUGUACCAAAGAAAAUGCACGCAAAUCAUUUUGAAAGAAAUGUUCAUAAUACAUUUACUAAACCUGGACAACAACUUAACUCCACCAUUGGUCGUCUUGGAAAACAGUUAUCUAUUAUUACUGGUAUGUUAGUGCUACGACAUAACUCUACGAAUCACUUAGGAACAGAUACCUCCAACCUCACCACGAAUCUUGAAAACCAAAAUUACUCUGUCAAUCAACUAGAAUAUGACGACUUUAUUGAAAUUCAGGAUUUUGAAUCUGAUGUAUAUAAUGAUACACAAAUGUCUGUACUGAACUCCAAAUCAUCUGGUUACUUAAAACCAGCUCUUUCUAAUGUUUCAGGGAAACUUGAUUAUCUGUAUAACUUCAAAAGUCACUCUAAAACCGGUGUUUCAAAUUAUACGCAGACGCCUAUUCUAAACUAUCGCUCUUCUGGUAAUGAUACUGAAAAAAAUGAAUCCCGAUAUAACUUUAAAAGUCACUAUAUAGCGAAUGUAUUCAACGACUUUGGAAAAAACAUACUACAGCAUAAUAGAAGUUUUUUAAAGUUCUUACUAUCUUCCAAUAUAUAUUUGAAUCGGCAAAAGAUCUCUACUGCUCACGCAUCUGAAAUAAACGACACCCAUACUUUUGGCUCCAAACCAAUUUUUCUCGUUGUUCCUGAGAAGAAUAGAACGAAACUAAAUUCUACGGCGAACAAUCGGUUCGGCCUAACUUCAUAUCCUAAUCCUAGAAAAAGUCAGACACACAUAAAGAAAUCGUUUCCUGAAAUUAAUGCAAGUACACGUCCUGCAGAUAAACUAUUUAGCGACUCCAUAAAAAAACUUUUUGGUUCAGAAAUGGAGCUGACUGGCUGGUCUAUUGGAAAGAAACCUCUGCCAACCCCCUUGGUUAAUCAUAUAGAGUUUUCUACUUCAAGUACUCUAAUAAAUAUACCAAGGACAGAUGAUGGAUUUUCAAAUAUCUCCUUAAGUGAAGUAAAACUUCCAAUCAAAAACGAUAGCUCGAUAAAAUUAAACUUUCCACGCGAAAACUUCACAGAUAAAUUUAUAUCUCAGUCUUCAAAUCUAGCAUCAGAACCACAAAGAAAUGUUGUGAGAGAAACCUUGCAGUUCCCUUCAGGAAACAGCUCGGAAGACUACACAGCAUACAUUUUACAGAAUGAGCAACAAAACGGGUCUAUAAGCAUUUGGACGACUCAAACGCUUGACCAACAAUUCGGUGAUCCUAAGAGGGCUGAAGAAUCAAACCCAAAUCUCAACCUUGAGGUGCAGCAACAUAUCUUUACUUCGACUGAAAUCAUCAAUACUAACUAUACGACAGAGUAUGAAGAACAUGUUUUUAGGAACAUAAUAGAAUGGGAAAAAUCUCAAGAGUCAUGGGGCCUUGCAUGGGAACUCCAUGUUUAUGUUAUGGGCUCUUUUUUUGGAGUUUUAUCACUUUACGUAUUCCAAAAUAUAUUGAGACUAAGGGCAUUUGAAAAGCUUUUUACUAGUGGCUAUUUCAUCAGUAUUACUUUGAUUAUGUUUGUGAUGGGGACUACCAGAGCUUUGUAUCUACUUUUCAAUCCUUAUAAUAUACGUGGUUUUUAUCCUCCGAUACUGAAUGAGCUUAUUCUCAACAGCGGCUUUCUCUGUAUUACGUCAGCUUUUGCCUUUUUAUUUUUAGCGUUGCUUCAAACCACAGAAGUCAAAGUUUUCCCACAGUUUGUCCAAAGUAUAGGUUUUGUAUCAGGAAUCUUAAUAUUUCAGUUUACAUUUUCCAUUAUGACAGAUAUCUUACAUGGAUUGGGUUUAACAAAGAAAAUCUUGCUUUUAACUCGACAGGUUACAGUACUUUUUUGGGCCAUGACGAUGGCAGCAGGAUAUUUUUAUGUCUUCGGAAAGCUUCAAAAGUCAGCAGUAACAAAACAAAUCAAGAUGAUUCGUAUAGCUCUUACCAGACUUCAUAUUGAGGGUGAUCAGUUGCCCCCAAAACUUCCGAAACCCAAUCUCUGUCUUGCUGUUCGAUUAACAACUAUGAUUGCAGUACUCAUUUUUCUAAUAGUAGCCUUACAUGUUUUUGGAAUAAUAUACGUAAAUAAGAUCUUUCAUACUGAAAUUCCUAAACCAUGGGCUUGGUGGGGUUACCAGCUUGGUGAUCGUAUACUGGAACUAUUAAUUUGUUUUUCUAUUUCGUUUGUGACAACGCUUCCGAUGAGUUAUAUGGAGUCAAAGAAAUCAAAAUGUUGUAACGUUUUCUUUCAAAAUAUGUUUAAUAGUGUUGAAUAUUUUUGUUCCGAAAAUGAAGAAGCAGACAGUGAAAUAUUUCCUAUCUGUUUCGCUAAUUAUCAAAGUCAUCCUAAUCCCACCUUUCAUACAGCACCGCUUGAAAGACCAAGACGUUUGAAUCACACUAACUCUCUUCCCACAAUCCCAACUUUCUACAAGGAACUUGGAAGUGGUUCUCACUGGAAGAAAAUAUCAAUUGCUGAAGGUCACGAAGAAGAACAAACAUAUCCAAGUAGAACCAGUUUUUUGCCCUCUGAUAUAUCAAAACCAUCUACUAAUCUGAUGUUUACAACAGACAAUAGACCAGUGAUCUCCCAGAGCAAGCUUGCAGAGAGACAGUCUGCCUCUCUGUUGUACAUAGAUCAAGGCUAUAUCCGGUUUCGUACUGCUGCUGACCAUGAACAACCGUUACAUCUUAGUGAAGACGAGCCGACUGAAGAAGAAAGUUACCACGAUGAAAACGAAUCUACCAGGGUUUAUGGUGGCUCUAGCAUACAUACACUGUGCGAAGAUGAUUUCGAACAAAGCUCCCUAUCUCCAUAUUUUCACACUGGUUUUCACCAUUCACGGCUUAAAAGAACGAGUCGAUGGAGCUUGGAUACAGCAGAUAACAGCAUAGAACUAUCUCCGGAACUGUUAAGUAAUGUGAAUGAACUGUCAACUAGUAUGGUGGAACUUACCCCACGAAAACAAGGCAGCACGUGCAGUUCUGAGAGUGCUGCUAAUAGUUUUAACGUAGCUUUCUUUUUUAACCGUUCUGCCAGAGACGCACCCAAUAUUUCUCAAAUUUUGUUCGGAGAAGUGUACGAGGAAAAGACUUAUAGCGUCGAUAUUCCCGGUUUGAUGGCACGUAGCGUAUCUCCAAUAACAGCGUGUGCACGAAGGAACCACGAAUUCCAGUUAAAUUUGAACUUGCCGUAUUCUAAAAAUGAGGAACAAGUAAAUGUAGCUUGUGGUACGGAAGAUAUAACUCCAGACUCGGCAGUAUACCUUGAUCUUCAACUUUCUCAAGAAAACUCUUGUUUAGAAAGUACAAAUGUUCUUUUGGAAACUUCCAGAAGAAAAUCUUCAUUUAGCCACUCUAUGACCGAUCUAAACAAAUUGAGAACAUUUAUUAUGUCGCCAGAUGAAUGUUCAAAGACAAAGCAAUACUCUUGGGGUUUUUUUGACCGGUUGAAAUACUCCACAUUCUCUUUGAACGCCAAUAUGAAUUCCUACGAACCUUUAAAGUCAGAUGAUAUCACCCUAAAGGGAGCUUGCGCAUUACAUAGACUCCAAACAGAAGUAAAACUGAGAAGAUCAAGCAGUGACAAUGGUCCGGCCCUCUUUGAAAACUGUACCUUCUUUACCUCACUUAGAAAUGUAAAAAAGGGAACUCUUGCAAAGAAAGAGCAAUUAUAUCAAGGUGAUAGCGGACUUCUAAAGGAUUCGUCAAAUAACUUGAUUCAAGUUGACCAGGCGUGUCAAACUGAUCCUAUGAUCACUCAAGAAAAGUGUUUUACGACACGAAAUGAAACCAAAAAAGAUCAAUGUGGACGUUCUAUGUUUAAUAACAAGGUGUUAAUAGUGUAAUAAAUAAAGAACCAAUGUUAGUAUUAUCAAUGAAAAAUCUUGUAAAGUGUGCAAUAGUUCAUUAUAAAAAAAGAAAAAAUGUAAAUGCAAAAUGUUCAAUAGUGUUGUAACACGAUCACUGGUAAUGCUCGUGAAUAAACAUUGUGUUGUUGAUGGGUUACCUAAAACAAAACUGAACCUCAAUAGGUUUCCUUUGUUUUUCAAAAUAUGCUUAGAUGUGUAUAAUUAAUGGCUUGUAUCGAUAGUGAGCGUUCUUCUAUGUAAAUAACUCGAUUGAAUGAGAAUAUAUAGUUGUAAGUAAAAUGUGCAAAAAAUAUCUUGAACAAAACUAGCGUUGGUGAUAGGAACUUACUUCUGUGCACUAAAUCAGUAAGACGAAAAUCAUAUGUAUAUGGUAAUAUUUUUCUUAUUGUAAACUACUGAAACUUCUGCUCAUAAGUUUGUGGAAAAUGAUUAAUAUUUGUAUAGUGGUCCACAUAUCAUUUCACCUAUUAAUGGCACAUUCAUAAGACAUGCUUUGUGCACUUAAGACCAUAACAUUUCAUAAAAUGAACUAGUGUGGUUUAUAUAUGUAUAGCCCCCCCAGUGGCACAGCGGUAUGUCUGC